CAUUUAUUAAUGCUACUAUAAAAUAUUAUUGUUCUCACUUCUCAUGAUAUAAUUUUUCAGAACGCUUGGGAUUUGGAGACAAGCUAUGAAAUGCAGACGACGCCCGGAUUUGAUAGAGCGGUGCCCAAAAAUGGAAGGCAAGAACUAAUAGAAGAAACCAUCUCAGGAGAAAUUUUCUGAGAAGGAUGAAAGAAUAUAGAGAAAAAGAUCGUCCUAUAAUUUACAUGGACGAAACAUACAUCCAUUCAUCACAUACGCAUGAAAAGAGUUGGAGCGAUAAUACCAAUGAGGGCCUUGACAGGCCAGUUUCAGAAGGACAUUUGAUUGUUUAUUAAUUAUAUAACAGGUGUGGAAACAUAA